GCUAACUAUCACUACAGACGAACUAAAUUUUGAUAAAAAAUCUUACUAGAAACUACUUCGUAAGCCUUGUGUUGGUUAACGCGAUUUCUGCCUAAAACACACUCCCACUGUGGUCAAAUUUGUCAGCGUGGACAAUCACUGCGGUCUAAGCGUGGUCCCAUCUUGAUAGAAAGCCGUGAUAGUGGGUGAGCAUCACAGACGUUAUCAAGAUAAUUGAUCUCACGGUGGACCACUGCGAUCGCGGUGAUUACAGCUGUUGGUAGUUUACAAAAGACGGUCAUGCUUUUUGAUGGGGAGACAUUCUAAAAAGAAGAAUGAUGUGCUCCUGACAAAAAUGUGAAUGAAAAGAAAGAGAAGGAAAGAGUAAAAAACAACUUGCUCAAGGUGUUCAGAGCUCGACUUGCCACACCAGGUCAAGGUGGAGCACUUCUUAUUUGUAAGAAAACAUCAAAACACCACAUGCAAAUAGACAAUCAUGAGAAAAAUUCCUCAACUGAAUGGACAGACAACAGUAUGAAGGCCAGUCCACUUAAAAAACAUAAACACAAGUUUCAGGAGGACAAAAAGAAACACAGAGACAGAAUAAGGCCUUCAUCGAGACAUAGAUCUAAACAGAAAGCAGAAAAAGAAAGUGCUGUUGACAAACACAUAAAAGUAGCCCAUGGAGUAACGCGUCAUUGGUUGUCUGAGGAGAGUAGCCCAGGAGGCAUAAUGGUCCAGCCUAGGCUUACACAAAAGGUUGGCCUUUUAAGUACUGGGAAAAAAAGUAUUCCAGCAAAGAGAGUUUUGAUUCCAUCUCACAUAUCUCAGCAGACAGAUGAGAACAUCAGGAAACUUGUUGAGGAUGUAAACUCAGAGUUCCAACAGUCAAUAGAUGUUACCAUCAGUGGAAGUAGUGGCACAGCAUCUCUGAUAGGAACCCCAUCAUCUGAGGAUGUUGCACAAACACGGUUGUCCCAACGGAGAAUGGAAAAACUCAACCCAGAUCCAGCCAGAAAACAGAAUGAAUGUCCUAUGACCCUACAGCUGAGGUCAACUGUGGAAGAGUUGGUGUCUUCAUUGAAAACUCUUGGAAAACAGGUUUACCCAGGACAGGAUUAUUUGCUAGAAACACGGGAAUAUGUAGAAAAACUCUUUCUUCAAAAUUAUUACAGCCAGCAAACUGGAAGUCAACUGGCAUUGUUUAAAAGAAGAAGAGAUGGAACUUUAUUUCCAAAUAACAAAGGAAAUAGAGCAAAUAUUCUGGCAUUGAAGGUUGGUGUCACUGAGACCAGCCAUAGAGACAGAAAUGCUAUAACGUUUGCAAAUGAUUCAAUCACAAACUCAUUUGAUAGAGGACGUUGUGAAAGAAAUUUAGACAUGGAAAUAUUACAAACCAAUUUGCCAAGUGGUAUUUGUCGUCCUGGUGAUAUCAUCCAUUCUGUUGAUGACAAAGGUGACAGCGCCGCGGCCUGUGGACGUUUUCGGCGGGAGUCCCUUAUGGUCAAUCAUGGAACAUGUUCAAUAGAACACAUAAACUGUCGGGGUGAAUCACUUGUGACGCCAGUUGCACACGUCUUGAAACAUUCAGAGCAAAGCGAGUCCAGCCAUUUAGACUGGUUUAGUAAUGUUGGCUCAAAUAAUAAAAUGGAACGAUUUACCGAGGAGGGUGCACGGCCAAAACCCGUGACUGCACAAACAUAUGAGCAUUGUUCUUUAAAGGUGCCUAUCAAAUGCAAUGAAGAGAUCAGGUAUGCUGUGGGGCAGGGGGAGGAGGCAAGCCGCAGCUGUAAAGAAAAUGGGAUGGGACUAAUUAAGGGAAGUUAUGAAAGGGCUAGGAUGAUGCGUGCUAUAGUGGAAAAGAAGCAGGUACGUAACGCAUGUAAAGUAAAAGAGACUGAUUUUAUGAAGGGAAAUUGUGAGAUGACUAGGAUCACGAAUUCCGUAUUGGAAAAUAAGCAAGCAGGCAACAGCUUUUUGGGAGGUGGGGUGGAGCUGACAUAUGGGAGUUAUGAAACGACUGGAAUCAGGAAUGCUCAUGUGGAGAAGGGGCAGGCACUUAGCAGCUGCACAAGAGAUGGGUUGAAUAUUAUACAAGGGAAUAACGGGAUGGAUGUGGCUAUGAAUGCUGUGGUGGAUACGAGCCAGGCAGUUAGCAGCCGUUUAGGAGAUGAUGUGGAUAUUAGGCAUGGGAAUAAUGAUAUGGGUGUGGUUAGAAAUGCUGUGGUGGAGAUGGGGCAGGCCGUUAGCGGCUGUACAGGGAAAGGAGUGGAGCUGAAGAAGGAGAAUUAUAAGAUGACUGCACGCAUGUAUCCUGUGACUGAUAAGGAAAAGGCGGGUAGCAGUUGUAAGAGUGAUGGCGUGCAGCUUCUUAAGCAGAAUGACUACGUGCGGGCCAUCAAUCAGCAAGUCAACCUACCUCACACCAGUCUCAACCAUAAGAGAUAUACGAACGACGUCAGAUAUGCCAGUAAUCCGCUAAGGAUGUCAGGAAACGAACACAAGAACCAACCAAGUCAGAAGUUUUCCAACCCAGAUAAUACCCUCAUGCCCAGUUUUCAUGAUAGCUACUUUACAGUGCAUCGAUCUGCGGACAAUCUUUACUUGCACAACUUGUUUAACACAAAUAUGAAGCAGCAUGCUUCGCAGGAAGAGGACAUGGACUUGCUGGACUUUGUGGAUAGUGAGUGCCAGACCGAUGCAGAUGAGCAAGCCAAGUUAUCGCUCCUCCCUGAGCGCCUUUCUCAAUCCGACUCUGCAGUACUCUGUAAAGUACUACCCUCGCAAAAUGUACUGAACAAGCAGCAAGCCUGCACAUUGUCCCCAGUACGGGUAGAAAUCAGCCGUCUAUACAUUGGCUAUACCAGAGGCAAGCAGUAAGCCUGUUCUUGGUCCAAGGGGUCCGAGGCAAGCAGCAUGUUCAUCAGGACCAGUAGCCCUUAAUUGAAGUAGAACAGUUUACCGUCGAAUGCAGUUAGCUUGAGGGAUUUGAAUAAAUUUAAUAUGUCACAUUCCAUUUACAUCCUUAACUUAUGUAGACAAUUUUAAGAAUUUUAACAAAGUGUUUCUUA